AUGAAAGCUCCUUUGACGAUCAUGUCGAGCUCAGAAACCAACAAAGCAACAACCAGCAGUCUCUCAAGCUCCAGCACACUUGACCCCAAGAAACAAGAAAUAAUAUCGAUUAUCGAAUUGAAGAACGGAAAGGUCGUGUGCAAACAGAAAUGCAUCUCCUUCGAGAAGCAAUCGGAAACCUUGCAAGAGAUCGUGAAAUUUCGAGAAAUGCUCGAGGGGCGAAUUGAAAAACAACUGCCACCAUUAGAUGUGAUUCCUGAUGAGCAUCAGCCUCUAAUUGCGAAAUUGGCUCACGAAAGUGAUAAAACUCUGGGCGCCCUCGCAAAACACAUACAUCACGAGCUACUCCCUACCCAAGACGAGGAUGAGGAAAUUCAGAAAGUCUCUAGCGCAAAUGUUGCUCUUCCACUCAAAGUUGUGGAAUCCGCGAUCAAGUUGAUUCUAUCGCGCAACAAUUAUGGGUUGGACUUUGGGAAUGCCAAACCUCCUGCUGCUGUAUCUGUUUGGCGCUGGGAGGUUAAGGAUAAAUAUCGCGAAUGGCUUCCAAAAACUGGCAGGGAGAAAGCAGAAGCCAGGCUUGCCGAGCGUGUUCGGGCCAAAGAGGAUCUGAAGUUGACCUUCGACGCGUUACCACAAACCGAGCGCGACAAGAUUUUUGACAUGAGGAUUCGGAAAAAUCCUGCCAAGGAUAUCAACACAGACACCACAUUGGAGCCCGAGAGGCUUGAACAGCAGCCCGAUGAAUCAAUGAAGCCUUCACCUCAACAAUUGAAUCAACAAGUCAAGCAAAAGUCGGAAAAUGUAGAGAACGAUGCCGCUACCGACAGUGCAACUCCUAAGGCCAGUCGGCCCAAGAAAGCGCUGGACGCGGAGAAAGCAGCUAAGGAGAAAGAAAGACUUGAAAGGAAAGCCGCGAAAGUCGAGAAGGAAAAGAAGGAAAAGGAUGCCCAGAGUAAAUCGCGGUCUAUCAUGGCAAAUUUCUUUGCGAAGCCCAAGGCGUCCAAGGCGUCUACAUCUUCCCGCGCACCUUCGAAUGAAGUUGAGAUAGCCAUAGCGGGUCCUUCCCAGGUUCAAUCGGAGUUCAGCAAAUCGUUUAAACCAUUCGUCCUGAAAAAAGAUGCAACCCUCGCUCCGAUAAAUUGGUUCCUCAAAAAGGGGAAGCAAAGACGUCGGCAUGUAUCAUCUGCGCAUGCUAACGAAGUUAUCAAUAUCGAUUGUGACGACGGAGACGAGGACAUAAUAAUUGUUGACAUGCAGGAUUGCCAAAGCACCAAGGGACAGGCAGACUUGGGCACCAUGUCUGCGCGCGACCGUCUCGAUUCCAUUCUUGCUACUUUGCCUCCUUCUGCGGAACCCUCUCGGCAUCUCUCGCGAAGAAACCGUCAGUUCAAGACCUACAAUCCCGUUGCUGUGCGAGACAUCGUUUCACAACUCUCAGAGGCUGAGAUUAUUGGCGACGAUGCCCUUGUGAGGCGUUUACUUGAAAACCUAAGAGAUCGAACGAUCGUACCAGCCAAGGUCUUGAUAUUUACCGAAGAUGCCCGACCUGGUUAUUUUGGAACUUGGUCUCGAAGUUCUCGCAUUAUUGGCCCUCGUACGCCUUUGGCAAAGGAUGUACUAGUCUUUGACUAUGGUUAUAAUAGCGGUGAAGAGUGGGAGCAAGAAGCGGCCGGCGACGCUGACGACGUGGCAGACGAUGGGGAGGAUGAAGAUCCCGAAAACGAAGAUGUGGACUCUGAUCUGGACAGCUGGCUCGUGGAUGACGAUGAAGAGCCAAUGGUUCUGGACGCCGAGUUGACUCCACCUGAAGUUGACUUUACUCCUCACUCUACCAAGCGGAAGGCAGAUGACGGAGAGCGGAGACUAGAGAAGAAACGGAAGGUAGUCGUGCCUCUGGUCCCGUUCGUUAAAGGGCCUUGUUGGGAAACCACACUUGGUGUAUGCUCAUACGACCCUUUCAAGUCGUACAGACUGCAAUUGUUCAAUGAUACCCCUUUUCCUAUUGACCCAUUUACUUUUGUGUCAUCAUGCAUUGAGGAUCAACAGAGCAGCGCGGCGCCUAUACCCACCAAUGGCGACGGCGUUUUUAUCGUGCCGUCCCUCCCGCCACGCCUGACAGCUCCAAAUAACGCUACUUUCAUCGAUUGUACUCCUUUCGUGUCCUCACCUGGGUCUUCUGUGACCGCUCCCAAAAAGCCUGCUCCAACCCCUAAAACACCAUUUCCCGACACACACCUUCCAUUCUUACUGGACAAGAUCACCCAACUUCAGGCAUCGAGUUUCAUCCUCUUGGUUGAAGCCAUUUACCAUGAUUUGCGAGGGCACAAAGUCACGAAGAUAUCCAUUGAGGCGAAGGUGAGGGAGGUUGGUGAGAAAUGCAAGGAGAAGAAAGUUUGGGUUGUCAGGCCUUCUAUUUUGGCGACUCAGGUGCCAUGA